UUUCUUAAUAAAAUAUUUUAUUUAUAUAUUUUAGAAAAAAGAAGUAUAUUAAAAUUGAGUCGCGUAUACAAUCAUCAGAAGAGUUAAAUAACCUUCCUUUCCCUUAAAUACGUUCCAACUUCCAACAAUUUGACACGGCCUUUUCACUGAACGUAAAGACAGUAAUGCCCCCUAUCAAGUCGAAACUGACUAUGCGGACAUUCACUAUAUGAAGGACAUUUACGUAAAAUACUAUUUAGCGAUUCAGCUUUUGAGAACUGAGGAUAAUAAGUACAGAACCUCCCUCUAGUUCUUGAUAAGAUCACAGCUUAAGAUUCCAUUUUGUUCCCCAAAUUCCGAUCACGCUCACCGGAACAUCCGUACAACUCGCCGGUUAAUCGGACCGAGAAAAAAAUGGGUUCGCGGUUAAACAAGUAGAAAGAAAAAAUCACAAUGGGAGAAGAGAAGGGUCACGACCAAACCUCGACGGACUCCUUCACUGGAGAUUCCGGUCUCCGGCAAGCCAUUGAUUUUCUCUCGUCACUUAUAUUGCUGUCUCAUUCCAUCAAAGUCUUUUCCGUAAAAUGGCAAUCGAUUAGGAGCAAGCUUGAGGAGUUGAACUCUAGCCUGAUUUCCUUUGAAAAUUGCAAUUCAAGCGAGAACCAAGAAAUGAAUGAAUUGAUUCUAUCUUUGAUGGUCACAAUCACCGAGUGCUACGAUCUAGCUCGCCGCUGUGUUGAUUUUUCUUAUAGUGGAAAGCUUCUGAUGCAGAGUGAUUUGGAUGUGAUCUUUGCGAAAUUCGAUGCCCAUUCAAGAAAGCUAACAGAAAUUUACAACGCCGGGAUUUUGACUCAAGGGUUCGCCUUAAUCGUUUCCAGACCUGGUUUCGGAGCUUGCAGAGACGACAUGAGAUUUUACGUGAGAGAUUUGGUGACCCGAAUGAAGAUUGGCGAUAUAAAGAUGAAGCAUCAAGCUUUGAGUAAUUUUUAUGCGGCGGUGGUUGAAGACGAGAAGUAUGUAAACGUCAUUACUGAACUUGGCGACGUUGUUAAUGUACUCGUCAACUUCCUGGACUCGCCGGAGAUUGAGAUCCAAGAAGGAUCUGCGAAAAUAGUAUCGGUCAUUGCUGGGUUUGAUUCCCAUAAAGGUGUUCUAGUCGGAGCCGGAGCUAUAGCGCCAUUGAUUCGGGUCUUGGAAUGUGGGAGUGAGUUGGGGAAAGAAGCGUCUGCCAGGAGCUUAAAAAGAAUAACUGAGAAUUCCGAUAACGCUUGGUCGGUAUCUGCUCAUGGGGGAGUGACGGCUCUGCUAAAGAUAUGUUCUUUAAGCGAUUGCCGAGCGGAAUUGAUAGGUCCAGCUUGUGGGGUUCUGAAAAAUCUUGCCGGCGUCGAAGAAAUAAGGAGAUUUAUGGUUGAAGAAGGAGCUAUUUCGACCUUCAUCAAGCUUUCUCGGUCCAAGGAUGAAACCGUUCAGAUAAACUCCAUAGAAUUUCUCCAAAAUAUAGCGUCUGGGGAUGAGUUCAUUAGGCAAACGGUAGUCAAAGAAGGAGGAAUUCGAACCUUACUAAGAGUCAUCGAGCCCAGAUCGACUUGCAGUUCCAAGACCCGAGAGAUAGCUCUGCGGGCAAUAGAAAAUCUCUGUUUUUCAUCAACGAGCUCAAUUGGGAUUUUGCUCAAUUACUCGUUCGUUGACCACCUCAUCUUUUUUCUUAGAAACGGAGAAGUUUCAGUCCAUGAACUGGCAUUGAAAGUUGCAGUUAGGCUAUCUGGGACAUCGGAAGAAGCCAAGAAAGCGUUAGGCGACGCCGGUUUCAUGCCUGAGCUCAUUAAGUUUCUCGAUUCCAAGUCGUUUGAGGUUCGGGAAAUGGCUGCCGAGGCCCUAGCAGGCAUGGUUUCGGUGCCCAGAAAUCGAAAAAGGUUUGUACAUGACGAUCGGAACAUUGCCCUGCUUCUCCAAUUGCUCGACCCUGAACAGGAACAUUCAGGUAACAAAAAACUGUUGCUUUCAAUACUUAUGUCGUUGACCAGUAGCAAUAGUGGGAGAAGAAAGAUUGCGAGUUCUGGGCAUCUCAAGAACAUUGAAAAGCUAGCAGAUGCAGAGGUUUACGAUGCCAAGAAACUUGUCAGGAAAUUGUCCGCAAACAGGUUCCGAAAUAUGUUGAGUGGAUUCUGGCAUUCUUGACUGUAUAAAUAUUUUUGCAAACUGUAUAUCUGGCGCAACGGUUUUCCAUGUUUUCCCCUUUUUUUUAACUGGUUUAUCAUCAUAUAUACUCUGAGUUCUAGUUCGUUUC